CCCGCCGGCAGCCCCAAAUACUCCAGCGAGGCCCUGAGCUCCCCCCAAGCGGAUGAUGGUUUUGAGACCGACUCCGACCCCUUCCUCCUCGACGAACCCACUCCACGCAAGAGAAAGAACUCAGUGAAGGUGAUGUACAAGUGCCUGUGGCCGAGCUGUGGCAAGGUCCUGCGCUCCAUCGUCGGCAUCAAGCGGCACGUCAGGACCCAGCACCUCGGAGACAGUGCAGACUCCGACCAGCGGAAGCGGGAGGAGGAUUUCUACUACACCGAAGUGCAGGUGAAGGAGGAGCCAGCGCCGGAGGCGGCCGCCAGCGCCAGCCCCACCUCCGUGUCCGCCCCCAUCGUCAUCCAGCAAGCCCUGGCCAAGCCAGAGGCCCUGCUGCUGGAGCAGCCGGUGCUGGAGCCCGCCCUGGCCAGUGGUGCCCUGAGCCAGUCUGCCCCCAGCUCCUUCUGGCACAUCCAGGCUGACCACGCCUACCAGGCGUUGCCCUCAAUCCAAAUUCCGGUGUCCCCUCACAUCUUCACCAGCAUCAGCUGGGCCACUGCCACCUCCACUCUCCCCUCCCUGUCACCG